GCGCUUCUCUCUCUAGCACAUUUUCUCUCUAGGGUCUGGCGCCCUGUUUAUCCCUCUAAAAGUAUUCGGUACUUUCUGUCUCUAAAGGGUAUUUGAUUUUCUCUCUCUAGAGCUUCGCGCCUCGAUUCUCUCUCUGAAGGAUAUUCCCCACUGUGAAUCUGGGGGCUUCUUUCUCUCUCCAGUCGUAUUUCUCAGUCUCUCGUCAAGAGCUUUGGCGCCUUCUUUCUAUCUCUAGAGUGCAUUCUCAUUUAUGCAGUAUCUUUCCAGACCUUGUUGCCUCUCUCUCUCUCUAAAAGGUGGCUAUGAGGAAAACCGCAGUUCUGUAACUUUGUGGUCCCUUUUGAGGUUGUGGGGUUGUCUGGUUAAGUCCCAUAUACUUCGAAUUUCGAUGGGUAUAUGCUCCCUAAAUAACCAACAUCCUCCUUCAAUGCUCAAACUUCAAUAGAUCUCGUGACCUGAGCCAGGUAUAUGAAGUUGAUAUUGUAGUUUCUGGUUCUUGUUCUUCCGGGGUGUGGAAUCAUGGUUUCUCUCUUUAAAUCUGAGGCCUUAGCAGUGAUAAUGGUGAUUGCAUUUGCAUCGACAACUGUAUCUUGUAUCGAGGAUGAUUUUGAUAUCUGUAAUACCAUGGUCAAGAACUGGGCUGCUUCCUCGCUUGAUGCUAAAAACAAAGAGGAUAAACUGAAGUUGCAGGAUUUGCUAUUCUUUCUCCACAUACCGAGGACUGGAGGACGCACAUAUUUUCACUGCUUCUUGAGGAAACUGUACACUAGCAGUCAGGAAUGCCCCCGUUCAUAUGACAAGCUAAGGUUUGAUCCAAGCAAACCCAACUGCAGGUUGAUGGUUACUCACGAUGAUUAUAGUAUGAUGUCAAAACUUCCCAAGGAGAGGACAUCAGUGGUGACCAUACUAAGAAGUCCAGUUGACCGAGUCUUUAGCACCUAUGAAUUUUCUGUGGAAGUUGCAGCUCGAUUUCUUGUUCAUCCAAAUCUAUCUUCAGCUACUCAGAUGACCCGGCGCUUAAAGCCUAAGUCAAGGGGAGUGAGUACAUUAGAUAUAUGGCCAUGGAAGUAUCUAGUUCCAUGGAUGAGGGAGGAGCUAUUUGCUCGGAGAGAUACAAGGAAAGGAGGCAGAGCUAUGGAGCUUAGAGAAAUUGCAGAUACAUACAACAUGAGAGACAUCAUGAUGCCCUUGCAUGUAUUUAUCAAUGAACCUUUAGCUCACGAUAUCAUUCACAAUGGAGCCACUUUUCAGGUGGCAGGCUUAACAAAUAAUUCUUGUAUCGAGGAAUCACAUAAAGUCCGUCAUUGUGUAAGAAAGCAUUCAGAACUGGGCCAGUAUGUACUUGAAGUUGCUAAAAAGAGAUUGGAUCAGAUGUUAUAUGUAGGGCUUACCGAAAAUCACAAAGAAUCUGCAACAAUGUUUGCUGAUGUGGUUGGAGCACAAAUCCUUUCUCAGUUACAAGAGUUAGCCAAUCAACAAAAGCAACUAGCUGAUAAUGUAACAGGACCAUUAUCUUCAUUGCAAGAUCAUGAGACUGAAGAUUUAAAUAAUCUGCAGAGUGCCACCGAUGACCAGAAGAAUGGUGAAGUUCCCAAUGUUGAAAAUGUUGAUGCCACUAAUGAAAAUAUAACAGUUGCCCAAUUGAUGGAAGCAUAUGAAGUCUGUAUUUCUAGUUUACGAAAAUCACAAGCAGUUCGCCGUGCCUCUUCUCUGAAGAGAAUCUCACCUGCAAAGUUUUCAAAAGAGGCACGACGUAAUGUACCUGAAAAUGUUAUCCAGCAAAUAUUGACAUUGAACAGCCUUGAUGUUGAGCUCUACAAGCACGCCCAAGCCAUCUUUGCAGAGCAGCAGAAACUUCUCAUUGAUUCACAGAGUAAAGAGGCAAGACUUAAAGUCACCUACAACGACCUACAGUGCCCGCUUUUGAAGGUUUCUUUGGCAGCCAUGGCCUUGUUAUUCUUGCUGAUUUCCAUGGUCUUGCUUAUUAGGUCUCGUAGAAGAACUUCUAAACUGAAAAUAUGAUCACAAUUUGGUUUCAACUUCUCUCUAAUUAUACAGACCCACUUCUGGGUUUGUCUUCCAAAAGGGCCUGAAAAUAUUAUUUUAAUGGCUUCAAAAAGCAGAUGCUGGAUUUUUCAAUUUUCCAGCUUCACAAUUUGAGAAGUUUCAUUGCAUGGGAAAUUUAGAAAGAUGGGAAAAUGGUAUUGAGCCCAUUUACUAAGAAGAUAGGGAGGAGGAAAAACCUCUAUCCUGAUUUUGGAUUUUUGGAGUUGUUUCCUCUUUUGCGUUCUUCUUCUUUUAAUGUUCCUCUCUGUUAAUUUGGUUAGAGGUGGGAACCGAACUGAAGUUGGGUUCCCAAUUAUAUUGUAAAAAUACAUUAUAAUUGUUUAAUGGCUUUCAAACAUGUUUGGUGUUUCUGAA